AUGAAAGGACCGAUUCUUUGGGGAUUUGUGUAUAAAUCACUUUUUAGAUUUAGAAAGCCUACGAUGAAGUUUCUGCAAAGCCCAUUUCAAUUGAAUAAAGAUGAUCUCAUCAAGAAGUCUGUGAACAUCCCAGAUCAUAAAUUCGACUUCUCCCCUUUUAUCCAUGCAGACUCCACCUUCCUAGUCAAUCAGCAAAAUAUAUAGACCUUGCGAUUACUAUAAAAGGAUUUUUCCUCAGAUCCUUAGAAUCCUGAAAAAGCUUACAAAUAUGUGAGAUAAUUAAACCGCAUGUAAAUGUAUGAGGAAGCACUUCAAAUAUUCAAGUAAACAGAUGACUUCAGGGAAAGUGCAACCCCUAAACAGCAUUAACAAUUAUAAGAGUAAUAUGGCAUUGCCAUUACCAAUCUGAAAUCCAAUUUGUAUUCUGAUAAACGCAAAUCAAUGAUAUUGCCAGGGGUAAUCCAAUUGCUUAUCACAGCUGCAAUAAUAUAUCAAUUAUUUUACUAUUUUUAACCUAAUCAAUCCAAACCCAAGAAUGAAAAUACAUAAAAGGACACUCCUGAAUAGGGAGUGGGUAGAAUGGAUAGAUUUUAUAACAUAUUGAGAAAUAAUCAAAGCGUUUAAGAGGAGAGAAACAUUCCUACUCGUUUUAAUGAUGUGUUGGGAAUUGAUGAAUUCAAAGAAGAGUUGGAAGAAAUAGUGGAAUUCUUGAAGAAUCCCAAAAAGUACACUGAUUCAGGAGCAAAACUACCAAAAGGAAUUCUAUUGGUAGGCCCUCCUGGAACAGGGAAAACUCUAUUGGCAAGAGCAUUGGCUGGUGAAGCUGGAUGUGCAUUUUUUUACAAAUCAGGAUCUGAAUUCGAUGAAAUGUUUGUCGGUGUUGGUGCCUCAAGAGUGAGAGACAUCUUUAAAGCUGCCAGAGCAAAGGCUCCUUCAAUUAUCUUUAUAGAUGAGAUAGACAGUAUAGGAGGAAGAAGAAGAGCCUAAGAUCCAGGGUAUUCUAGAGAUACCAUUAACUAAAUUCUUACAGAGAUGGAUGGAUUCAAAUAGACAGAGAGUGUUAUUGUGAUUGGAGCCACAAACUUUGAAUAAGUCUUGGAUCCAGCCUUAAAACGACCAGGGAGAUUUGAUAAGAUGAUUCAUGUGCCAUUGCCUGAUGUAAAAGGAAGAGAAUAAAUCUUUUCUUACUAUUUAUAGAAGAUAAAGUUCGAUGAAAAGAAAGUCUUGGCUAACAAUUUGGCCAGACAAACAAGUGGGUUCAGUGGUGCUGAUAUUCAGAAUAUGGUCAAUGUUGCUAUUUUGAAUGCUAUAAAAUAUGACAGACAAAUAGCCACAACUGAAGACUUUGAGUUUGCUAUUGAUAGAAUAUCUAUGGGAAUAGGAAGAAAGAAUAUGCAUGUGAGUGAUAAGGAGAAGUUAAUGACAGCGUAUCAUGAGGGAGGACAUGCACUCACUAGUUUAUUAACAGAUGGAGCCAUGCCAUUACACAAAGUAACGAUAUUGCCAAGAGGAGGAGCCUUAGGAUUUACAGCCAUGUUGCCAGAGAAGGAUUAGUUGAAUUAUACAAGGAGAGGAAUAAUUGCAUCGAUUGAUGUGGCUAUGGGAGGGAGAGCUGCAGAAGAUCUCUUUCUUGGAAAGGAUGACAUUACCAGUGGAUGUAGCAACGAUUUGGCCAAAGCAACAGAUUUGGCUUAUAUGUUUGUGAAGUAAUUAGGAAUGGAUGAUAAGAUUUCCUUGAUUUCUAUCCAGAGUGACAGAGUUAAAACGAGUGAUCAAUUCGAUUACAUGGUGGAUAUGGAAGUCAAGAAGAUUUUGGAAGAAUCUUAUAACCGAGUCAAGACUCUAUUGAAAACAAAUGAAGGCAAACUCAAAGAUUUGGCAACCGAAUUAGUCAAGAAGGAGACUUUGUCAGCUGAAGAAAUCAGAAAACUGUUAAAAAUCAAAUGA